ACCGCAGAUCAGCUGUUGGCCCGAGCGGACGCCGCCAAAGCUCUGGCCGAGGAGGCGGCCAAGAAAGGACAGUCCACCUUCAGAGAGGCCGAGACCAUCCUGGACAACCUCAGAGACUUUGACAAGAGGGUCAACGAUAACAAGACCGCCGCCGAGGACGCUCUGAAGAAGAUCCCCGCCAUCAACGCCACCAUCAUGGCCGCCAACCAUAAGACCAAGCAGGCGGAGGCGGCGCUCGGUAACGCGGCGGCUGAUGCCCGAGAGGCCAAGACCAAGGCGGAGGAGGCGGAGAAGAUCGCCGGCAACGUGCAGAAGGGCUCAGCCAAGACCAAGGAGGACGCAGAGAAGGCGCUCCAGGACACCACCAAGCUGGACAACGAGGUGAGCGACAUGAUGGAGCAGCUGGACGCCGCCGAGCUGGAGCUGGCCAGGAAGAAGGCGGAGGCCGACCAGGACAUGAUGAUGGCUGGAAUGGCGUCAGACAACGCCAAGGAGGCUGAGGACAACGCCCGCAAGGCCAAGAGCGCCGUGAAGCUGGUCCUGAACAACAUCACCGCCCUGCUGGAUCAGCUGGGUAAGAACAGACGCGCUCAGCUCCGAAAGUCUCAGCCAGAGUUUGUACCACAUGACGCAGAUUUUACAGACAAAUACCAGAGUCCAACCUACGGUCAGUGUGCAGCCGCGUGAACGCUGACAGUCUUCAUAACGAGGAAAUUUGACUCGU